AUGAGCCAGAUGGAGAAUGGGGAGUCUGAAGUGCUUGUGAAAACAGCAAAGGAGGCCUGUGCUGAGGGCUUGGUUGUCAGAGGAGGAGGGAAGGAUGGAAUCUUCAUUAAGGAAGUGAAGCCUGACUCACCAGCUUCAAAGCACCUUCGGGUUAAAGAGGGGGAUCAGAUCUUAAGUGCUACAGUUUACUUCGACAAUGUGUCCUAUGAAGAUGCCCUUCAGAUUCUUGAGCAUGCCCAGGCUUAUAAAAUGGAGUUCUGCCUGAGACGCAAACCACCAGAACCCACAGUCCAGGAGGAUGCAGAAGCAGCACGACCAGAGGUAACCAUCGGUGCAGAAGGCUCUCCAAAAAUGAGAGGACGCAAGACAAAGCGACAAGAGGCCAGAAUCUCAUGGCCAAAAUUUCCAUCCUUCAGCAAAGGCCGCAAGGGGUUUAAGAGGUCUCAUAGUACAUCUGAAGCAGAGGAGCAGAGGAAACUGGAAAUGAGCCCUACAACAAGUGAUACCGAAUCACCAGUCAAAUCUCCACUGAAAUCCCCCGAUGGAAAAGAAAAGAAGAAGAAGAGACUCAAACUGAAGGUCAAGAUGAAGGGACUCAGAAGCAAGUCAGUGGAACAUCCAACGAGAGACGAUGAAGAGCCAACACUGGAGAAUCUGGGUGGUGUGGAGAACGAAGUGGAGCAAAGCAGCACAGACAUACAGUCUCCUGAAAAAAUGCAACUACUAGGUGAACCUCAGGUUGUCGAGCAGGAGGAUGCCGAAAGCCAAGAGUCCACUAAAGCCAGAGAUGAAUACACAUUCCCAAGCUUAACAGGUCCUGAAAUGGAGACAGGCUCACAUAGAGUAGACCUAAUCACCUUGGAUAAAGCCCUGAAGACGACUGAUAUUUCAGAUGCUCUUGCUGAGGGCAGUCCAAAAGAGAUAAGCUCGGAAAGCGUAAAGACUGAAAGGUCUGAGCUAAGAGUAAACAUCCAGGGGAAAGAUCUAAUGGAUACUGUAAAAGAGAGCCAGACUAGAUCAUCUCCAGUGAGCCUAAAGGACCAAUCAACUAGCAUCAGGACCUCAGAUUCAUCCACCCAUGACAACAUUGUAAUCAGUCCUAGUGUGAUGUCCCACACAGAUUUCAGUGAUUAUCAGUCGGAUAUCAACAUCAAGACUCAGACAACAACCCAAGGAACAACAGAAAAAAGCAUGGGACAUGGAGAGAUGGAUAUGAGUAUGCCAAAAGUAGAUGUUUCACUUGACAUGUCAGAUAUAGGUUUGCUACGGAAAUCUCCAAGAAUUGGAGGUGAAAAGCAGUGGAAAGAUAGAACAAUCAACAUUCCAGAGCCCGAGAGCUAUGGGAUCCGAACCAGAGGUCCUUUGGCAGAUAUGGCAACAACAAAGUCAACAUUUGAUGCAAUAAAUGGACUCCAGUUUACUUCUGACGGAGCUAGUGCUAGUAGCGCCCUAAAACCAGACAGUGAUUUGACAUUUAAAACUGUAGUUUCCCAACCUAAAUCAAGCACACUAGAUGUAUGUACUGAUGAGAGUAAGGAUGGCACAGUAGACAUUAAAGUUCCAAGAGCUUCUGAGAUACCAAUGGAAAUAAGCAUUGAUAGAGUUUUAGCAGAUGUCAGUACCACCGAGGGUAAAAUCAAAGCAGAGUUCAAACUGCCAAAAGUUGACAUCUCUGACUCAAAUCUCUCUGACCCAAUAAAGAUGACAAAAGUGGAUGAUAAUAGACUUCAACUUCCAAAUCGGGAGGAACUGGAAAUUCCAGGUAUGGAGGAUGCAACCUCAGCUGCAGCACUUCAAAUUAAGGGGAUGAAAUUACCACAGAUAGAGGAGAGAGAUGAUACCAAACUAACUGAUGAGAUACGGGCCAAAAGAACGGAAAUUGAAUUCAAUCUUGAGGAUGUGAAAGCACUUGUUGCUAAAAUACCAACUUUCAAAUUGCCAAGAAUCGACAUGUCAGGAAUUUAUACACACAGAGAAAUCACACCUGAUUCAGAUAAGAUACUAGCAACAGCUGAAACAUCUCCUCCUGAACUCUCAGAAGCAAAGACAGAGGUGAGCCUCAAAUUGCCUGAUGAUACAGUGGAAGCAGUAAUGACACCUUUAAUUGAAAUGAAGCACCAAGAUACAACAAUCAAGCUGCCAAAAGUUGAAAUGCCACCUUUUGAUGACCAUGAACCAAUAACUGUGACUCGCAUCGAAGACUCAAAACCAAAGGCAAGAUCUAUUAUAGCUGAACUGAAGAGCAUGACUGUGGAGGGUGAAUCAGCUGAAAUUAGAUAUAAGCUACCAAAACGUGAGGACAUAGAAAUUCCAGGAAUGGAGGCAAUCGUGAAAACAACUGCUGAUAUUGACAUAAAAGGUACAACUCUUAUAAGUGAUGGAAAAACAGAGACUCUUCCCACUGACAGGAAAGAUCGUGAGAAGAAAACAAAGAAAACAAAGAAAUCCAAGCCCAGUUUUGGAAUUACAAAACCUGACAUUCGCUUCCCUGAUACUGGAAUUGAUUUACCACAAAAAAACACAACAUCCCAAAAAUUAGAUGACAGCCAAGUCAAAGUAGACACCAAAAUGUUCUCUGCUGAUGGGAAAGAGGUCAAACUUCCCAAAGUUGAAGGGCUAGCAGUUGAGGGUGAUGCCGAGGUUGAUGUGUCUCUUCCAGAGGGCGAGGUCAAGGAGACAAAAGCUGCUGAUAAGGUUCCAGAAGAUAUUGAAUCAAAAGAUGAGGGAAAAGUGGAAGUCAAGGAAACUGAGCUUAAUUUGAAGAUUGCAGAGGGAGACAUUCAACUGAAAGAUACAAGUACAAUCACUUCACCAACAAAAUUCAAACUUCCUACAUUCAAAUUUCCUAAGAUUGGAGUUUCAGCACCAAAGGGUGAGGUAGAUGUUGAUGUGAACGCACCUGAAGUCAGUGGAACAGAUGCUGAACUGAAAGUGUCAAUGGAAGUUCCAACUGCUGAUAUUAAAGGCCAGCCAGUGGAUGUACAGGUUGAAGGGCAUGACAUUGAAGGACAAGGAGGCAAAUUCAGACUUCCAAAAUUUGGAAUCACUUCACCAAAAGUGAAAGAUCCUGAAAUGGAUGUAAGUGUUUCAAAAUCAGACUUGGACCCUUCCAUUCCAGAGGGAAAAAUUGAUGUUGAAGCACCAUCAGCUGAAGUGAAGGCAGAAAUACCCAAAGGUCUUGAUGUAAAAUCAAAGAGACCAAGCUUUUCAUUUCCCAAAUUUGGUCUGUCAAAACAAGAUGUGAAGGCUCCAGAUGUUGAUGUCACUCUUCCAGAAGCAGAUGUUUCUCUUCCUGAAGGAGCCAUAGAGAUCAAGGACCCUGGAGCAGGUGUUCAAGUUUCUGAGGGUGACAUUGAACUGAAAGAUGCAAACAUUUCUGGGUCACCAUCAAAAUUUAAACUCCCCACAAUUAAAUUUCCUAAAUUUGGUGUUACAGAUGCUAGUGUUAAAGGACCAGAUAUCAAUGUGCCAGAUUCCGAGGGGAAAGGAGGACCAUUGUCUGUUGCUAUUACAGGCCCAAGUGUAGCUAUCAAAACCACAACAGCUGAUGUGGACAUGAAGACAAAGGAGGUUGAUGUGGAGGGACAAGAAAGCAAGUUUAAACUUCCAAAAUUUGGAAUGGGAUUACCUAGAGUGAAAGGCCCUGAGGCCAAUGUAACAAAGACCGGUGCUGACAUUACUUUACCAGAGGGGGCAAUAGAAGUGAAAGUGGCUAGUACUGAGGUGGAGAGUUCUUCAGCUACAGCAAAAGUAGACUUACCAGCAGUGGAUUCAAAGGGGAUUGAUGUCACUGUAAGAAAACCAAGCUUUUCAUUUCCUAGGUUUGGGUUUUCAAAAUCAGAUAGGACCUCUGAAGUAGAUAGCUCCCUACAAAAAGCAGACAUUUCUCUGUCAGAGGGAAAUGUGGAUGUUAAAGAAGACAAACCUGACAGUGAACUUGAGGAUGAAAUGAAGGCAGCAGCUGUCAGUGGAUCACCAUCAAAAUUUAAACUUCCCACAAUCAAAUUCCCCAAAUUUGGAGUAACAGUUCCAAAAGUGGAGUCACAUGAUACAGAUUUGCAGGUGAGAGUGAAAGAUAUACCAGACAAUGAACUGCAAGUUUCAGGGAAGCCUGUUUCGAUUGAUAUUAAAGUAACAGGUACACAAGGACAAGACACAGAUGUUGAUGGGCAGACAGUGGGGACAGAUGAACAUGGGAGUAAAUUCAAAUUACCCAAAUUUGGGGUAUCACUCCCUAAGGCCAAAGGCUCUGAAAUACCAAAGCCAGAGGGGGACAUUUCUCUACCAGAAGGUAAAGUGUACAUGGAAAGAGAUGUUGAGGAUUCAUCAAUUGGAACAAGAGUAGAUGUGCCAGAGGUUGAUGUGACUGCAAGGAAACCUAGCUUCUCUUUCCCCAAAUUUAGUUUUUCUAAAUCAGAGGUUAAAUCUUUUGUGACUGAUGGAAAGACCCCACAAGAUGAUGUUUCAAAGCCAGAGAGUAUUGCUGAGAUACAAGAUGUUACAUUAGAUGUUAAAAGUCCAGAUGGAGAAACUGCUGUAUCCUCCCCCACAAAAUUCAAACUACCAACAUUUAAACUACCUACAUUUGGAGGGGCUGCAUUAAAGGGUGCUGGGGAAGUUACUGUUGAUCCCUCUCUGCUACAAGGAACAGCUGAAGUCAAAUCUGUUGAUGCAGACAUCAAGGCUCCUGCAUCUGAAGUGACAGUAGACUCGACCAACAGUGAUCUUAAUGUUGAAGCUAAGGAGGUUAAGAGAAGAAUAUCAUUUCCUAAAUUUGGUUUUUCCAAAACAGUGGUUAAAGCCCCUGAGGUUGAUGUGACACUACCUAGUGCAGAUGUUACUUUACCCGAGGGAAGUGUAGAACCAGAAGUAAAUGUGAAGGUCCAAGAAACAGAACCCAAAGGCGAGGCUGUUGUCGGGGGGUCUCCAAGUAAAUUCAAACUCCCAACUAUCAAACUGCCCAAAUUUGGUGCCACUACCCAAAUACCUAACAUUGAGGCUGAAGUUACAGUUCCUGAGAUAGACAGUUCAUCAGUGAUGAUCAGUGCUGAGACUGACGUUCCAGCAGUUGAAGGAACAGUUGCCCCAGAUAAUGACGUUUCAACACAGUCAGGUGACAUCAAAGUUUUAAGCUCACCAAGCAAAUUUAAAUUACCUACUUUCAAAAUGCCAAGGCUUAGCCUUUCAAAGGCCAAAUCUGAAGAAGAUUCUGUGACACCCACUGAGGUCAAACCCCAGGAGGACCCUCUGGAAGGAGACAAAGAGAAUACACAGGUAACAGACAAAUCACCUAAGUUCACUUUACCAACAAUUCAGGAUGUUCUGCGGGGCUUUGAUGUUGAAUUCCAUGUCCCCACAUUAGAUGAAACAGAUGAGCCAAAAGGAGGAGCCUCUCAACCAGGUGAAGGAGAACUGAAGCCAGCUGCUAGUGUGGUGGAACAAGAUGUGAAAGCAUCCACAGAGGCAUCAAAGGAGAGCGAUUCAGGCAUUCUUCACGCAUCAAAAGAUAGUGAGUCAGUGGCAAAGACCAAUGGGACUGUAAGAGAGGUUGUUAAGGAAGAACAGAAAUUAGAGCUUCAGACAGAAAAGAAAUCACAGGAUACCAAGGACCCAGAUCCAAGCCCUGAAAAAGGAAGCUGGUUUAAAUUCCCUAAAUUUCCCUCGCCAACCAAAUCUGUUAAACUUCUUACAGAGAAAGAAAGCAUAAAACCUAGUGAGGAACAUGACCAAAACACUGAAAGUGACAAUUUGGAGAAUGAGCUCAGUAUAACAUCUUCAGUGAGGUCAUCUGAUGCCUUUGCUGAUGAAAGCUCUGCGCCAACAACAGAACAGAUUGCACCAUCACUGGCUUCACCAACAAAAGUGACAGUAAAAUAUGCUGAGUCAAUCUCCCCUGGCACAGGGGAUGUAACAGCUAAAAUUAUUACCUCUACUGCCAGGACUGAGCUUAUAUCUAUGGAGCCUGAUCUUCCAGAGAAGGUUAACAUUUCCUUCUCCUCUGACAGUUCAUCUAUGGACACACUAAAGCAAGAGUCUGGUGCAAUCCAUAUCAUCACAUCAAAUGUACAAGCCAUACCAGACACACAGAAAGCAACAAUUCUGAGUCAUACUGUUCAGUCCCUGCCUGUUGAACAAGUUAUCAUUAAAACCACUUCUACACCAUGGUCAGUGAAGGAAUCCAGUACGUUGCAAGAGGAUAGCAUAGUGGUUGAGAAGCACGUGAUCAAGGAGAUAUCAGGUGAGAACACGGAGACAGUGAUCAUAACGCAAAAGACUUGCAUGCUUGAAGCUGACUCUGGGGAGCCCAUCAGCCAGGCAGCAGCUUCGUCCUCUCAAACGUUACGAGACAUAGUGCAUAAAGAAAAAAUGCAUUUUUUUGAAAGUAGGGAGAUGCCAUGGCCAGCAGACAGUAUUGCUGUGAGCAAUGUAACCACAGAGACACGUGUAAUCAAACACUCCACUGAGGAACAUCCUGGGAAAUGAUCUGAAGAGGUCUGCAUUUGUGCACCAGUUCAGAAGAUAUUACUGAUAUUACUUUCCAUACUUGUUUUCCAGUUGACUUACAUGAGCAUACACAGGCCUAUUACACAUACUGUAAAGGUGUGCAGCUUUAAUUUAUUAACAAAUAAAAUUUGUUGUCUUUGUUGAGAGCAAAUCAUGUCACACGUGAGUGUUCAUCCACUGCCAAAAGCUGUAGUAGAAUCUAUGAGAUUGAAAAGAUAGACUGUUGUCUUUUUAAUGUGCAUUACUAGUGGGUGUGAUUCUCUAACUUAACACAAUUUACAAUGAUUACUCAGAAACCAUUAUACUGUAUAUCAAUGAUAUGCACUCUUUAUUAAAAUAUAGAUUUAAGUUGUAGAAACAAUGAUACAGUAUAAUACAAUCCAUAUGGCUAUAUUGAAUGUUGCUGAACUUUGUUGGCUUAAAAAGAAGAUACUAAAUACUAGAGCAAAUAUCACUUGGGUUUAAAAAAAGACUUUAGAUAUAUCUGGAAAAAAUAUUUUAAAGCCAGAGUAGAAAGCCUCUGAUUUUUCAACAUAAUGUAAAAUAUAAUGGCGAUAUAUUUGAUGUAAAUACAUUUUGUUUUAUUAACGUUUGCAAAUAUCUUUACUGCAGCUGAUAUUAUUUUUACCCUGGCUCAAAUUAUGCAGCAUAUUUACAAGAUGAGGUUUAAUAAAGUUGUGAUGUAU